AUGAUUGAUUUUUCACUUACCAAAGAAGAACUAGCUGAAAUCAAGAAUAAUAGGUGUCUAUUAUUGAUUUAUGAAAUGGGUAACUUACAGAACUUUUGGAUUCGUGUUUCAAAGAAGCAUCCAAACCUAGCUGAAAAAGCUUUACAAAUUCUUUUGCAGUUUUCUACUACAUAUAUUUGCAAGACAUCGAAAUGUGGAAACUUGAAAAUGCUUGAUAGUGAAAUGCGAAUGUCAUUAUCUACUAUUCCACCUAAUACCCAAAAUCUCUGUUCUUCCCAUCAAACUCAUGUAUCUCACUGA